AUGGGUUGCACUACCAAUCAUUCAGUCAUAGUGCCGGUGUUCGCGCUGAUCUCAAUGUUCUCAUUAUCCUCCUGGAUCAACGUUGUCGGGCUAUGGGUUGAACUGCCAAUCAUGGUCCAAAAGUUACCAGAAAGAUGGAAUCUGCCAUCCUACAUGACUCUUGUCAUCCAAUGCUGCAACAUUGCUCCUGCAAUUUAUACACUAGCAGGGAAGAUUAAAUGUAGGAAGAAGCAGAAUUCAUCAAAUUCAGGGUGUUCAGAUGCUAAGAGAGACGUAGCUCUUCCAAUGAUCAUCAUCCUCAUCAGUAUAUCGUCUGCUUUGUUGAAUUCAUUCUUCUGGGACCGAACAGCUUACAUUGGCAGGGCAGAAAGAAGUGUAGCCCUCAUGUUUUUCCUUUCACUUUCAUCUGUGGCAAGUUGUUUAUCGGCCCUGGUGUACCUACCCUAUAUGGCCAGAUACCCUUCAGUUUACUUGUCAGCAUUUUAUUUUGGUCAGGGACUAUCUGGUCUUUUGCCAGGUUUGAUUGGUUUAGGACAAGGAUUAGGAGGCAACCCAACUUGUGCUAAUGUGACUGUGUGGAAUUCCUCAUGUCUCAAUGCUACAUUCAGUAACUGCUCUAGCGAAGAUGUGAAAUAUUUACUCAAGCCAGUAUAUCCGCAACCCAAAUUUUCUGUACAGAUAUUCUUAAUACUUAUUUCGUUGUUGCUAGUUGUUAGUUUCUUAGCAUUUUAUUUGCUCAAUUUCUCACGUUUGAAUCAGUAUCAAUUGAGGAAGAAUGCCUCAUCAGAUAAUGUAGCAACAGUAUCUGGCGAUGACAAAACCAAUGCAGAUGUUGAUAGAAAAAACAAUGGCCUGGUUUCAAAUAACCACCACCGAAGUUCUGGAGAUAAUAAGGAGGUGAGGGCAGCAGCAGCAGCAGAUGUUGAGGAUGAAUCAAAAUUAAUCUCUCCAUCACCAUCCUCACAAUACACACUGUCAGCUUCAGAGACAAACUCCAAUGCAUCAACGUCUGCAGUUGUCGUUAAGAAUCUAGCAGAACCUCAGCUAUCGAAAUCUCACCUGGCAUUCUACUUAUCAUCAAUAGUUGCAAUCAACAUGGCCACCAAUGGAAUCAUUCCAGCUACACAAUCAUACACCUGUUUGCCAUACAGCAAUGUGGUAUAUACACUUACUGUUAGGCUUUCAUCAGUUGUUGGAUCACUGUCCUCAUUAUCAUCCAUGUUCAUACCAAAACCUAGCAUAAAAGUAUUUUUCUUCAUGAUAUUGACUGCACUAUCUGUGGUCGUGUUCCAUGUUGUCAUCGCUGUUCUCAGUCCAACUCCACCUCUCGUAAAUACUGUCUACGGUCCAAUACUUAUUGUGUGCACAGCCCUUAUAAUGACGUCAUUGUUCUCAUUCGCAAAAGUAACGGCGGCAUCGAGGAUGCACGCAUACGGGGGUAGGAGAGCCCUGAAAUGGUGCGGGGCCGUCACCCAGUUGGGCUCGUUUCUCGGGGCCAUGUUGGCCUUUGCCCUCAUCAACUGGACAUCCAUAUUUACCAGCAUAUCGCCAUGCAGUGCAGAGCAUUGAUGACAUACAUCUCUGAUUAAAUCAUCAUCAUCGUUAUCAUUAGUACAAUUAUCAUCACUAUCACCAAUCAGUAUCAACGUAAUCAUCAUCGUCGCUAUCAUUUAGUGAUUAGUUUUUUUUUAAAUAUUAUUUUAAUUUAUUGACAAAUAUUUUUGUAUUUUCUAGUUAUUUAAAUAAGUCAGUUAAAUAAUUCAAUUCUUUGACUUGCUCUGUCAAUAAACUUUUAGUUGGAAUGUGUUGAAAUUGUAAAUUUUCUGUUAAUUUAGCUUUGUACUUGUUUUGUUCGCACUCAUUCGUUCUUUCAUUCAUCCACUCAUUCAUUUGUUUAUUCUUUCACUCCACUAUUCAAUUUUCAAAUUGAAUUGUUACACAUACAUAUGUGUGCGUGUGUGUGUGUGCGUGCGCGUGCGCGUGUGUAAUUUAAAACGAAAUUAAAGUUUUAUUAUCGAUAAAUAGUGAAUGGAAUGUAAUGGAUAAGAAUCUGGAUUAGUAUGCCAAAAGAAUUUCUAAUGGUAAUAAUAAUUAUGUCUAAAAUUAAACUAAUCGUUAUAAUUGUUGUUGUUAUUAUUAUUAUUAUUAUUAACAUUAUUAUAGCUAUUAUUGUUGUUGUUAUUGCUAUUAUUAAAAAAAAUAGUCACAAUAAAAUUUUUUAUUUCCAUCUCAUUUUGUUUUUUUUCAUGAACUGUUUGACGUCACGGUAUUAUUAUGAUGUCAUCUGUAUUAUGUUUUAAAACAGUAGCGCUUAGUUUUUCACUUGUUUCUAUAUUUUCAGUCUUUAAAGUCGUCACUAUUGUUGUUAUUGUCGUUAUUAUUGUAGUUGUUGUUUUUAGCCCUUUCAAGUGUCGCCACUAAUAUUGUCCAUAUUGUUGUUGUUAGUGUUGUUGUCGUCGUUACUGUAAUUGUUGUUGUUGGCACAAUUGAUGUUAUAAACGUCGUUAGUGUUAGUGUAGUUUUCGACGUUGUGGUUGUUGUUGUUGAUGUUGAUGUUGUUGUUGCUGUCAUAUACGCUGAUGUUUUGGCUGCUGCUGCUACUGCUAAUAAAGAUGGGUGUUGUUGUUGUUGGAAUGGCUACAUAAUAUGGUAGGUAGGUAACUGGCGCUGGAUUAAACAUUAUAGAUGGUGAUUGAGGUGAGAGAGG